AUGGUACGUACCGGGCCUCCAGAGGCAGCGCGCGGCGGGCGGGUCCCCGGCGUACAGCGCCUCGGACCAGCGCCCCGCCAGGCGCAGUUAAGUGUGUAUGGUACGUACCGGGCCUCCAGAGGCAGCGCGCGGCGGGCGGGUCCCCGGCGUACAGCGCCUCGGACCAGCGCCCCGCCAGGCGCAGUUAAGUGUGUAUGGUACGUACCGGGCCUCCAGAGGCAGCGCGCGGCGGGCGGGUCCCCGGCGUACAGCGCCUCGGACCAGCGCCCCGCCAGGCGCAGUUAA